AUGUCUUCAUGGCUGCUGGGUGUCCUGCGCGGUGACGAUGUUGAGGAUAAGCAAACGUGGCGGCUGCGCCUCAUUCUGGUUGAGGAUAAGGACCUGGCCCCUAUUCAGGUUGAGGAUAAGCAAGCGUGGCGGCUGCGCCUCAUUCUGGUUGAGGAUAAGGACCUGGCCCCCAUUCAGGUUGAGGAUAAGCAAAUGUGGCGGCUGCGCCUCAUUCUGGUUGAGGAUAAGGACCUGGCCCCCCAUUCACAGGUUGAGGAUCAACAAACAUGGCGGCUGCGCCUCAUUCUGGUUGAGGAUAAGGACCUGGCCCCCAUUCAUAAGCAAGCGUGGCGGCUGCGCCUCAUUCUGGUUGAGGAUAAGGUUGAGGAUAAGCAAACGUGGCGGCUGCGCCUCAUUCUGGUUGAGGAAAAGGUUGAGGAUAAGCAAACGUGGCGGCUGCGCCGGACCUGGCCCGCGGUGCAAACGUGGCGGCUGCGCCUCAUUCUGGUUGAGGAUAAGGACCUGGCCCCCUUUUCGGUUGGGAAUAAGCAAACGUGGCGGCUGCGCCUCAUUCUGGUUGAGGAUAAGGACCUGGCCCAUUCACAGGUUGAGGAUAAACAAACGUGGCGGCUGCGCCACAUUCUGGUUGAGGACAAGGACCUGCUCCCUAUUCAGGUUAAGGAUAAGCAAACGUGGCGGCUGCGCAUCAUUGUGGUUGAGGAUAAGGUUGAGGAUAAUAAGCAAGCGUGGCGGCUGCGCCUCGUUCUGGUUGAGGGUAAGGUUGGGGAUAAGCAAACGUGGCGGCUGCGCCUCAUUCUGGUUCAGGAUAAGGACCUGGCCCCCAUUCAGGUUGAGGAUAAGCAAGCGUGGCAGCUGCGCCUCAUUCUGGUUGAGGAUAAGGACCUGGGCCCCAUUCAGGUUGAGGAUAAGCAAACGUGGCGGCUGCGCCUCAUUCUGGUUGAGGAUAAGGUUGAGGAUAAGCAAGCGUGGCGGCUGCGCCUCAUUCUGGUUGAGGAUAAGGUUGAGGAUAAGCAAACGUGGCGGCUGCGCCUCAUUCUGGUUGAGGAUAAGGACCUGGCCCCCCAUUCACAGAUUGAGAAUAAGCAAACGUGGCGGCUGCGCCUCAUUCUGGUUGAGGAUAAGGAGAAGGACCUGGCCCCCAUUCAGGAAAAGGACCUGGCCCCCAUUCAGGUUGUGGAUAAGCAAACGUGGCGGCUGCGCCUCAUUCUGGUUGAGGAUAAGGACCUGGCCCCCAUUCAGGUUGAGGAUAAGCAAACGUGGCGGCUGUGCCUCAUUCUGGUUGAGGGUAAGGACCUGGCCCCUAUUCAGGUUGAGCAUAAGCAAACGCGGCGGUUGCGCCUCAUUCUGGUUGAGGAUAAGGACCUGGCCCCCAUUCAGGUUGGGGAUAAGCAAACGUGGCGGCUGCGCCUCAUUCUGGUUGAGGAUAAGGACCUGGCCCCCAUUCAGGUUGAGGAUAAGCAAGCGUGGCGGCUGCGCCUCAUUCUUGUUAAGGAUAAGGACCUGGGCCCCAUUCAGGUUGAGGAUAAGCGAGCGUGGCGGCUGCGCCUCAUUCUGGUUGUCGUCCUGGUUGAGGAUAAGGUUGAGGAUAAGCAAGCGUGGCAGCUGCGCCUCAUUCUGGUUGAGGAUAAGGAACUCCUGGCCCCUAUUCAGGUCGAGGGUAAGCAAACGUGGCGGCUGCGCCUCAUUCUGGUUGAGGAUAAGGUUGAGGAUAAGCAAGCGUGGCGGCUGCGCCUCAUUCUGGUUGAGGAUAAGGACCUGGCCCCUAUUCAGGUUGAGGAUAAGCAAGCGUGGCGGCUGCGCCUCAUUCUGGUUGAGGAUAAGGACCUGGCCGCCAUCCAGGUUGAGGAUAAGCAAACGUGGCGGCUGCGCCUCAUUCUGGUUGAGGACAAGGACCUGGCCCCCAUUCACAGGUUGAGGAUAAGCAAACGUGGCGGCUGGCCGGAACUGGCCCCCAUGCAGGUUGAGGAUAAGCAAACGUGGCGGCUGCGCCUCAUUCAGGAGAAGGACCUGGCCCCCAUUCAGGUUGGGGAUAAGAAAACGUGGCGGCUGCGCCUCAUUCUGGUUGAGGAUAAGGACCUGGCCCCCAUUCAGGUUGAGGAUAAGCAAACGUGGCGGCUGUGCCUCAUUCUGAGGAAAAGGACCUGGCCCCCAUUCAGGUUGGGGAUAAGCAAACGUGGCGGCUGCGCCUCAAUUCUGGUUGAGGAUAAGGACCUGGCCCCCAUUCAGGUUGAGGAUAAGCAAACGUGGCGGCUGCGCCUCAUUCUGGUUGAGGAUAAGGACCUGGCCGCCAUCCAGGUUGAGGAUAAGCAAACGUGGCGGCUGCGCCUCAUUCUGGUUGAGGAUAAGGUUGAGGAUAAGCAAACGUGGCGGCUGCGCCUUGUCCCGGUUGAGGAUAAGGUUGAGGAUAAGCAAACGUGGCGGCUGCGCCUCAUUCUGGUUGAGGAUAAGGUUGAGGAUAAGCAAACGUGGCGGCUACGCCUCGUCCUGGUUGAGGAUAAGGUUGAGGAUAAGCAAGCGUGGCAGCUGUGCCUCAUUCUGGUUGAGGAUAAGGACCUGGGCCCCAUUCAGGUUGAGGAUAAGCAAACGUCACGCCUCAUUCUGGUUGAGGAUAAGGACCUGGCCCCGAUUCAGGUCGAGGAUAAGCAAGCGCGGCGGCUGCGCCUCAUUCUGGUUGAGGAUAAGGAUAAGGACCUGGCUGCCAUCCAGGUUGAGGAUAAGCAAACGUGGCGGCUGCGCCUCAUUCUGGUUGAGGAUAAGGAAAAGGACCUGGCCCCCAUUCAGGUUGGGGAUAAGCAAACGUGGCGGCUGCGCCUCAUUCUGGUUGAGGAUAAGGACCUGGCCCCCAUUCAGGUUGAGGAUAAGCAAACGUGGCGGCUGCGCCUCAUUCUGGUUGAGGAUAAGGACCUGGCCCCCAUUCAGGCUGGGGAUAAGCAAACGUGGCGGCUGCGCCUCAUUCUGGUUGAGGAUAAGGACCUGGCCCCCAUUCAGGUUGAGGAUAAGCAAGCGCGGCGGCUGCUCCUCAUUCUGGUUGAGGAUAAGGUUGAGGAUAAGCAAGCGUGGCGGCUGCGCCUCAUUCUGGUUGAGGAUAAGGUUGGGGAUAAGCAAACGUGGCGGCUGCGCCUCAUUCUGGUUGAGGAUAAGGAGAAGGACCUGGCCCCCAUUCAGGUUGGGGAUAAGAAAACGUGGCGGUUGCGCCUCAUUCUGGUUGAGGAUAAGGUUGGGGAUAAGCAAACGUGGCGGCUGCGCCUCAUUCUGGUUGAGGAUAAGGACCUGGCCCCCAUUCAAGUUGAGGAUAAGCAAACGUGGCGGCUGCGCCUCAUUCUGGUUGAGGGUAAGGAUAAGGACCUGGCCCCGAUUCAGGUUGGGGAUAAGCAAACGCGGCGGCUGCGCCUCAUUCUGGUUCAGGAUAAGGUUGAGGAUAAGCACCUGGGCCCCAUUCAGGUUGAGAAUAAGCAAUCGUGGCGGCUGCACCCCAUUCAGGUUGAGGACAAGCACCUGGUUGAGGAUAAGCAAACGUGGCGGCUGCGCCUCAUUCUGGUUGAGGAUAAGGACCUGGCCCCCAUUCAGGUUGGGGAUAAGCAAACGUGGCGGCUGCGCCCCAUUCUGGUUGAGGAUAAGGACCUGGCCCCCAUUCAGGUUGGGGAUAAGCAAACCUGGCGGCUGCGCCCCAUUCUGGUUGAGGAUAAGGACCUGGCCCCCAUUAAGGCACGGCUGCGCCUCAUUCCGGUUGAUGAUAAGCACCUGGCGCCCACACAGGAUAGGUACCUGGCACCCACACAGGUGGACAAGCAGACGUGGUUGAGGAGAAGCAAACGUGGUGGCUGGGAGAAGCAAACAUGGCGGCUGCACUCUGUUCUUGUUGAGGAUAAGCAGAGGAUAAGCAAACGUGGUGGCUGGGAGAAGCAAACGUGGCGGCUGCGCCCUGUUCUUGUUGGGGAUAAGCACCUGGCGCCCACGCAGGUGCAGGAUGAGCAAACGUGGUGA